CGGGUAGAUAAUGGAAGAAUUUGCGGGUCGAGGAGACAACCACAGCCUGCCCGUGAAGACACUCGCUCUCUUCAGACACCGGUGGACCUUAUAAACCCGACAGAAGCAGCGGGCAGCACCGACACCUGCCGCGGGGCUUCACACACCCUCACUCCGCCUCUGGUGUCCGCGACAUGGCACUCAGCUCGGGCGGCUGGGCUCCUCCAGCCCCGGUCCCUGCCUCGUCCCAACAGGCAGCAUGCGGCGGGCCUGCGCUGACGCCUUGCUGCAGUACUGUUUUAAUGUCAGUCCGGGUUUCGGUGUGCCAUUCCGGGAUCCGGCCCCUGUGCCUCCCCGGAGCAGGCAGCGAGGCUCUGCGGCUGCAGCUCAGCAUGGACCCGAGCCGGGCCGGAGAGUUCCGACUGGCGCUGCGAGAUACGAGCGGAAACCGCAGUGUGUUCAUUGCAGAGUUUGACCUGCGCUUGGUGCAGUACGAGGUCAAAUCUCCCCGCUGCCACGAGAUGCGUCUCGCUGCUCCGCCCCACGACUGCAUCCGCUUCAACUUCCGCUGCGACCGCGAAGCCGAGGAGUGGGCCACGGUGGUGAUGUCAUCGCUAAGAGAGGCACAUAGAGUUGCAAACAUUAACACAUGUGAAUCAGACGGCAGACACAACGACACAGCAGCAGCCAUGGAACAGUGGAGCUCAGCCUCGCUGCCGCUCACUGAGGAGCUGUGUUUGGAGCUCGCCAGGGCGAUUGAAGCAGGCGACACUCAAGCCGCUUCACAGCACGCGUCCGCUCUGGCUCGGCAGAAAGCAGUGCUGACGAUUCAGCUGUCUGAAAAGAACUACGCAGAGGGAGAGAUCAGUUUAUCUGUGGUAGUGGAGGAUGUUUCGUCAUCCUGUUGUGUCACAGUCAAAGUCUUUCCGUACAUGACCGUGGCUGCACUCAAGCAACAGGUGUUUCUCGAGUACGGUUUCCAUCCUCGCGUGCAGCGCUGGGUGAUUGGUCAGUGCUUGUGCACCGAGCCGAGGUCGCUGGCCUCCUACGGGGUGCAGAAGGACGGGGAUACCGCGUACCUCUACUUGAUCUCCGCCCGACAAGCUCGCAUCACCCGCCAGCUGUUCCAGCAGGACCUGGAGAGCGCUCUCCUCGCCCCACCUCUCCCACCUGGCAACGGCCCCACAUCCCAAGACUGGAGGGGUUACAGCACCCUGCCCUCGAGGCUACCCCACAACAACCAGGGCGGAGGAGCAGACAGACCGGGUGAUAUCAAAGAUGUUCUCGACAUUGAGAACCUGCAGCUGAAUGAUCAUCCCAACAAAGCCAGUAAAACACAGCAGACAGAGUGGGCUUGUCCCUCGUGCACUUUCAUCAACAAGCCGUCCCGUCCAGGCUGUGAAAUCUGUGCUACAGCCCGACCCGACGCACACAUCCAGCAGGAGAAAGGAAGGAGAGAGGAUCGAGGAGAGUCCGGUUUAAGCAGCAGCUGACUGCCCAUCAUCGCUGUCAGGUCGCCAUGUCUCACUCAACUCACACACACAUACACACACACACACACACACA